GAUUCAUGUAGCACCUGAUUUUAACAAGUCAAGGCAACCUGUUAAAGUCUUUAUAUUGGGCCACUCUGCCUGUGUAUUCUCCUCCCUCUCAGCAUUCAUUUCACUCUCUAAAGAUCCUAGCUUUUUUCCUUGUUAAUUCUGUGAGUUAAGAAUCCGCAUCUCUAUAGUUUCUUCACUAUGAGACCGGGCAUCAUGUUCCAUUCCGAGGAAUCUGAAGAUCAUUACAACAAGUCCCACUUCCUUGAAGCUUGUUUCCUUUGCCGGAAACCGCUAGGCUUGAAUAGUGACAUCUUCAUGUACAGAGGGAACACACCGUUCUGUAGCAAAGAGUGCAGGCACGAACAGAUAGAGAUUGAUGAAGCCAAAGAGAAGAAGAGCUGGAAUCUUUCUCCUUCUUCAGCCUCUUCUUCAAAUAGAACCGUCAGAAAAUCAGACACCAACAAGGAUUCCACUCCAAGCAAGACUGUACGGACGAAUACGCUUGUGGUGGCCUAAUCUCUACAUGCUAUAUAGCAGAGUAGAGGAUCUUUCAGAUUUAGGGAAAAAAAAAAAAAAAAAAUCCGCGUGAAAGUUCGUGGAGGACAAAGCUAGAUGUGAUGAUCUGAGUCUACUCUUUGUAAAGCAGUAGAAAGCGGUGGGCAUGCAUAGAUCAAUGCGGGUUUGACACGGCCUAAGAGAAUGCAUGCCCGCCCACCAGAGAUUUUGCGUAGGAGGAAGCGCCCAGCGGAAACUCGGCUGCGCUUUUUUGGUGCAAUCAGAUCUUGUUUAAAUCUUUUCUUUCCAAAAUUUUAAGGCGAUUGAAUAUCAAUUAAGAGACUUUUUCUCGAAUAA